CCCAUUUCCCAAAUCUAUGCCAACUGUUGUUAUUUCAACCUGAAAACAACUCCCACCCCUUUCCUCAAUGGUUUGGGUUGGGUUGGGUUGAGUAUCCCCAAUUUCUGGACACAAGAACAAUAACAGACAACAAAAUCAAUCAAAACACUUCCAAUUUACAGAUCAACAACCAAUACAUGAACUAGAUCGACCCUUUUCAUCUGCUAUUAGUUAGUAAUCAUGGCGGCAACUAUGAUGAUGAUGAGUGGAAUUGGAAAGAACAAUAUCUCCUCACUCUUCUCCAUCUCCAUCGUUAACAACCCACAAAAUGGAUCAUCUUGUUCUUCUGGGCGACAACGUUUUCCUCCUGUGAGUCAUCAUCAUGUCAGGUCUCAUUCCCUUGGAUCAUCGUCCGAUAGCGUUUUCUACGGCGAAAGACUCCCUGUAAUCAAUCCUAUCCACAAACGGGUUAAUUCGUUUCCUUCUUCUCCGGUGAUUAAUUCUCAGAUGAAAGUAGGAUUAUUGAAGAAAUCACCGCCAUGGUGGGAGAAAGGGCAUCAUUCAAAUAUGAAAGAAGUGAAAGAUGCUCAAGACCUUGUCGACUCGUUAUUGAACGCCGGUGACAAUUUGGUUGUCGUUGAUUUCUUUUCCCCUGGUUGUGGCGGCUGCAAAGCUCUUCAUCCUAAGAUAUGUCGAUUGGCAGAGAUGAACCCAGAUGUGCAAUUCAUGUUAGUUAACUACGAGGAACAUAAAUCCAUGUGUUAUUCCCUCAGUGUUCAUGUUCUUCCAUUUUUUCGAUUCUAUCGUGGCGCAGAAGGUCGUCUUUGUAGCUUUAGCUGCACCAAUUCAACGAUAAAGAAGUUUAAAGAUGCAUUAGCCAAACACAGUCCAGAUCGAUGUAGCUUAGGACCAGUGAAAGGUCUGGAUGAAGCAGACUUGAUCGCGCUUUCAGCAAACAGGGAUCUUUCCUUCAGCUAUACACCAUCACCAGCAAAGCAGGUUCCUGCAAUUUCCGAAAGACAACAAGAAGAAGAAGAAUCUAAUACUAAUAUACAUACAACACCAAACAAACAAUACCAUCAUGAUCAUCAUCAUCAAGAAGAAGAGAAGUCAUCAUCAUUGAUUCCAUCUGGAAGAUGAUUUGAUUAUACAUAUGUACAUAGUCUCUUCACACUCCUCCCUGUUUCCUAUGGAUUGAGAAUCGAUGCAUAUCGUGUACAAUUAUCGUGAAGAAAUGGUUGUUGGAUUAAUAUUUGAAGUCCAAGCCGUCUGUAUAAAUCAAAUUCCACCACGAAGAAGCGAUUAAGCAACCGCGACUGACCUUGUCCGCAGGCGCUUAUGAUCUCUCCCUCUUUAUAUAAUAUAUACAUAUCUGUUAAACUUUUAUCUGAAGUUGUUCACUUUUAUAGCUUGUAAUGAGAAAUGCUUCAGAUUUCUUAUAUUAAUAAGCUUUUGAUUGUCAUCUG